GUGCAAUAUGAGGCCUUGAUGUGCCUUGAUGGUGCAUAAAAAUAUUCGCAAGAGGAUGUGAAAUAUUUUUUCAAGUGUUCAACUUGGAAUUAAACACAGAAUGCCAGUUGACAUAAACCGUUUAACGGAAGGUUGGCUAGAACUAGAAAGUGACCCAGGUUUGUUUACAUUGCUUUUGGAAGACUUCGGAGUGAAAGGAGUGCAAGUAGAGGAGAUAUAUGAUCUACAAAAAUCAUUAGAGGGUCCUGUAUACGGUUUUAUAUUUCUAUUUCGUUGGAUAGAGGAGAGACGAUCCAGGCGCAAGGUUGUAGAGCAAGAUGAGAGCUUUGUGAAAGAUGAAGAAAUUGUCAACAACAUAUUUUUUGCACAACAGGUUGUGCCUAAUAGCUGUGCGACCCAUGCCCUACUCUCUGUGUUACUCAAUUGCCCAAACAUUCAUUUGGGUACAACUUUAUCCAGAUUAAAGAUGCAUACUUCUGGUAUGUGUCCAGAGAAUAAAGGUUGGGCAAUUGGUAACACACCUGAAUUGGCUUGUGCCCAUAAUUCGCAUGCGAUGCCUCAAGCUAAGAGACGUCAGGAUAAAAAUACUGGAGUUUCAACUGGUAGAUUUACCGGAGAGGCUUUCCACUUUGUCAGUUAUGUACCAAUUAAUGGUAGAUUAUUUGAAUUGGAUGGUUUGAAACCAUAUCCUAUGGAUCAUGGUCCGUGGAAGGAACACGAAGAAUGGACUGAACAAUUUAGAAGAGUGAUCACAGAUCGUUUAGGGAUGGCAACUGGAGAGCAGUUGCAAGAUAUAAGGUUUAAUCUAAUGGCUGUUGUCCCUGAUCGACGUCUCGCUAUUUCUCACAAAUUAACUAUGCUGAAAACUAACAGACAAAUAGUGUUAGAGGCUCUACAACAACUCGUUAAAUUGAGUCACCAAGAUGGAACAGAGAAGGGUUCAAGUGACUUCGAGAAAUCGGAUAAGUUCCAUGAGAAAAAGAAAACUGAAGACGAUAAUGGAAUGCCUAUUAAGUCAGAGAUUGACGAAUCUUCAUCACUACCAGCUAUUACUGUAGAAAGAUGUAGCGACACUGCAACAGAUAACGAAGAGCCGGCUUCGAGUAUAGCUUCUGGAAAGGCUGAGUCAAAUGGUAUGGAAAAAGUGGUAAUGUGCGCAUUGGAUUAUGCUACUCCUCUUAGAAUUCAAACAUCACCAGCACACAGCUCAUCCAGUACAGAUACGUCGUCCGAAAUUGGUUCUGCAUUUAAUUCUCCGACACAGGCAUGGGGUUGGAAUUCUGGUCAAUGCAGCCCGACAUCGACGAGAGACUUUAAGAAGUUUGUUGUGAUCAGAGUGUCCGGCGAUGAAAAGAACGAAGCAGGUUUAAUAGGUCGUUCUCUCGGCAACAUUAAUAUAAAUGGAAAAAGAUUAGUUUCCGACAGCGGACACUUGCAUAAGAAGGUCUGCCUGUCCGGGGAAGUUAGAAUACCUCAUGCGAGAGUAAAGACGAGUAACGGGGAUACCGUUAUCGAAGAGAAAAAAGUCGAAAAGAUCGAUCCGAAGUUAUGCUCCAAAUAUCCGGAAUUAUUCGAGCCGCACACGUUCGCACCUAAAGACCUUCUGGCAUUGUUGAAGAAUUUGGAACACGAGAUUAGUAUCUGCGAGACCAGUCUGAAGGACGAGAACGAUAAGAGGAACAAGUACAAGAUCGAUGAUUGUCGUAGAACGCAUAAUUACGAUGAGUUUAUCUGUACUUUCCUUUCGAUGCUAGCCCAACAAGGCAAAUUGGCGGAAUUGGUACAGCAACACCUGACACUGAAGAAACACACUUCCGUGUCAGUGAACAGGGUUCAUAGGUCAGCGAAGAAGACCGAUGCUCGUCCCAAUUCGUCACGCAGGCGUCGAGGUAGAACCAAAUGCAAGAAACGAAAAUAAAUUAAAUUAAAAGGGGAAGCAAUGGAGCUGUUAUAUUAUCCACUGAAUUGCCAAUAAAAAUAAUCGAAAUAUUCCGCGGGCAUGGUUUCGGAAAGAAAUUAAUACGA